AUGCUGCAGAUUCUGGAGGAGGAUGACGAUUGUGAUGAGCCUCAAUUUUCGACUGGGUCUUUGUCGUGUUUGUUUCCCAUUAUCCACAGAAACGAUGGCCUAAGGAAGAGCCUCUCCUAUGAUAAGCUUCACCGGAAACCUCUGAGGCUGGGUGUUCUCAAAUUGGACGGCUCAUCUUUUGAAAUUGAGGUGUGGAAGUCGGGGACAGUUCGGGAGCUGAAGAAGGCAGUAGAAUCAACUUUUCGCCAUUUGCCAAAUGAGGGGGCUGGUAAAGUUUCAUGGGAACAUGUGUGGGGACAGUUUUGUCUUUGUCAUGAAGGCCAGAAGUUAGUGACUGACAGUGAUUAUAUCAGCUUGAUUGGCAUCAAGGAUGGUGACCAGCUGCAGUUUGUGCGUCAUGCUUCCACUGCCUACAAUUUAGUAAAGAUCCACUCGCAGAGAGAGGAUCCUGAUUCCGAUGAUGAAUCUGGCUUUUCAGGUGGCCCAAAGCAAAUAGUCGAGAAAGAUGCAGGUCAAUGGGUAGAGAUUCUGGAAGACAGCCAAGAUGAUACGGCAUGGUCCGAUGAUGAUGAUGCCUUUCCAAGUUGCAAGUAUAAGCUACACAGACUGUUAAGAUGUUGGUUCCCUUAUGACAAGUUACCAAAAUCCCGCUCAAAAUCGAGGACGAGUGGAGCAGUCCUUCGAGAUUGUCUCCAACCUCAAAGCCCGGGAAUUUAA